AUGGCAUUCAUAGCCACUUUUACAAAUCUCGAUGCCACUGGAAUGUAUGGUCCAACAACUCUAGGCAGUCAGUACUCAGGUCAGGACCAUGACGGACAAGUCACACUGUCCAGCGGUAUUCAACGAUGGACCGUACCGUACACUGGUGACUACAGAAUAAAAGCAAUUGGAGCAGCAGGAGGAUACGAUGUACAUCCUAAAAGCUCUCAGUACCGAGGUAGAGGAGCAAGAAUGAUUGGAACAUUCCGCCUAAACAAGAGCGAAGUCAUCCGGAUACUUGUAGGUCAAGAAGGAGGAAUAAACAAGAAGAACGAAUCCUCUGGAGGUGGCGGAGGUACAUUCGUAGUUAGAGGAGCCAACAUACCUUUGAUAAUAGCUGGAGGCGGAGGAGGGAUAGACUCUGUAAACUCAAGGCAUGAAGGAUGUGACGCCAGCACAAACGCAACAGCGAAUCCUGGGUACGAUUCCUGGUCAGGGGGGAACAAUGGACAUGGUGCGCAGACUGCUGACGAUGAUGGUAACUCAGGUGGUGGCGGUGGCGGGUUUUUCUCCAGUGGAAGAAGUGGAAGGAACUUUAAUGGAACCAUGGGAGAGGGUGGAGAAGGUGGUAAGGGAUUUCUUCAGGGAGGGGUGGGUGGAAGAGCCAGGUGUUACGAUAUCGAUGGUGGGUUUGGUGGAGGCGGUGGGGCUGAUGGAGAGUUAGGAGGAGGAGGAGGAGGAGGGUACUCUGGGGGAAGCAGUGGACAUGGUAAUUAUGAUUCCUGUAGGGGUGGGGGUGGCUCAUACAACGAUGGAAUCAACCAGGACAAUAAAUGUUGUUACAACAAGGCUGGUCACGGUCGGGUAAUAAUCACAUUACUAUGA